GUCGCGAUGCUGUCAUUCUAAAAAGCCGGUUUUGAGAACUCAGCGAUUUUUAAACACUCUUGACAAGAGUCAAACUUCCUUGCGCACCGAAUUACUCGAUGAAUGACUAAGCCAACAAACUGAUGCUUAAGUGUUUUUAAAGGCCUUCAAAUAGAGAGAGUGACUCAUGUGUCACCAAUUUAUGAGCUGCUGUCCCAUUGAUUGAGAUGCAAGUCAUCCGCAUAACUCCGAUGGAGUCUUUAUCGGUCAUUCAUCUCCAAAGAUCUCUUUUGUCGAAUUAGGCGUGUCUUUACUUAGGCUUUAUUUUAAUACCAGUCAGAUAUUUUUUUGCGCUAUGUCUAACUCUAGCAGGACAUCAGAAGUAAGUAUUGAUGAACACCAAAUCAAUGGAUGCUUUAAUGUAAACUCUGAUAGGACAAUUCAAGAUAAAGACCCGACUGAAUCGAUCCCGAGAAGAACUGCCAAAAAAAUAAUCCUUCACUUUGAUCUCAACAACACAAUCCUUGUAUCUGAUGCAGUCACAAGACAAGGAACAGUUGCUGCUCUUGAAUACUUCCUCUCCACUGUCACUUGGGGACGCAUGACAAAAGGUAAAUGGGAAUGGCUCUUUGAUUCACCAUCUCUACUCCAGCCUUGUGAGGGCGCUGUAACAUACUACACUCAGUUUGGCAGAGUGGCAAACUUCACCACCGUAGGUCCUGGUCAACGGUUCCGGAACCUCCUGAAGGAACACCUGGAGCUGCUCCAAUGGCCGUCUGACUUGCCUGAAGAUAAGGAGCUAUCUGUUAAAGGAGAAGAUGGGAAGCUGUACCAUUGGAUUUUACCGUCCUUCUUCCAGAUGCUGCAAGACUUGAGCUCACAGGGUGUGGAGUUCUCCAUCAUCUUCCGUACCUUUGGCACAGAUCUGCCCCGUGUUCUGACUGCUGUCCAACAUGCUGUUCAGCAUGGGUCACAUCCACUCUUUCCCGACCUCCCAUCUCUGAAGUUGAAGGUGAAUCUAACUGCCGGACGGAUCAGGUGCAGCAGAAAAGGCGCAGUUCUGACUUGUGGUGAGGAGCGCAUAUCCGCACGGGAUGGAGUACGGUGUCUUUAUCAGUACGUGAGCUCUGCUGAGGGUCUGGGUGGCUUCCAAGACCACUUUGACUGGUGGGCAAGGAACAAUUACUCAAUAUUGGGAGGUAAACCACUCUGGAUUGACCCUUUUGAUUCCAAUGUUCAACAUAUCUUUAUUGACGACAACAUCCGGCAAAACGAUGAGGACACUAUCGUCCAUCCUAUGGUGUUUUUGGACCCCGAGGGCUUACAGACCCGAACAGCCUCCACAUCAGAGCUGUAUGAUCUGUGUCUGAUACAGAAUGACCUGCUGAAAGCCAUUUCUGACCCAGGCUAUUUCACCCAACGCAUACUGAUGUGCAAGGAGAACUAUGAGGGGAACAUCCAACAGGGAUAGCUAGAUUAAUUUAUGCUGAAACAGGGAAGCACAUGUACAUGAGAGUAGAGAAAGACUGAUUUCUUUAUCAUUCAUAAAUGCAAUCUGACAGGAUUUGGUUGUAAUCUAUGUAGCAAACAAUAUCAUGCUGAGAUCGUGAUCACUUUUAGCUAAUGAAGGAUGUUAAAAUCUCUCUCUCUCUCUAUAUAUAUAUAUAUAUAUAUUAUUUUUAUUUUUUUUACUUUAAUUAAUUGCAUUCAUAGUUUUGGGUUAUCCCUGAAGUGAAGUAGAUCACCUGGACCAUAGCGUUUCAGUUCUACGGGUGUGUGAAAAUACAGAUUGAAUGUUAAAUGGAAAUAGAUGGAGGCUUCUCUGACCCUUUUUGUAAUGUGGUGUAUCCUGAGAUCAUAAAAAAGCAUAUUCCAUAGUUUAUUUCAAUGAUUUAUAUUAAGCAUUAACAGUGCUCCAUUUGGGAACAUGACCAAAUGCAGGAAGGUUGUUCAUGUGGAGAUGUCCUACCAUCACCAGUAUUCUCAGGGUUUAUGACAUUCAGCUUUGUGAACAUCAGGGGUAUUUUUUUAGGGUAAUUUUUAUUUUGAUGCAUUUUAUCCAAAUAUAUUCAACAAAAUGAGUUGAAUGUUAAGAAUAUUGAAUAUUGAGAAACUUACAUUUUUAUUUGUGAAGGAGAGUUAAUCGUUGUUGUGCUUCCAUUGUAUUUAAAAAAAAUAAAUAUAUAUAUUUUGAUCCAUUCCAACAUCCAGUUUGAAGAUGUGUAGCUUCAACUAACAAAUGUUUUUAACAUUUUCAAUUGGUGGUUUGAGUUGCUCAAGCACUUUUACAUGUUACAUUCUCUUUUUUGCUGAUAAAAUGCACUGCCCUUUUGCAAUUGUUCAUUAUCAUUAAAUCAAAUAGGAAUUGCAGGACAAUGAUAAUGGUGAAUUCAGCCAUUGCCAUGAUUAACAUCACAUGUUGUGGUUUUACGAUGAAGUGUCAGCAUGUGUCUCUCUGAGGUUAUGGUAGCCUAAGAGACUCAACAGCAACCUCUAAUGAUGUUAAUUUAUUCCAACAACAAUUUUUGCUUUUAGAUUGUGGAAAAUAAUAGAAUUGAAAUACAUUAUUGUUAGAAGCUUUCUGAAGUGGCAUUUAGUUGUAUUUUCACAGACUGUUUAAUGCUGUUCAGAGCAGGCAUAAAUGCAUAAAUCAUGUUAU